CUGACUUUGGUUUGACUUAUUUAGUAUUUUAUUGCUCCUGACAAAGGUCAAGCAAGAUGUUCUUUGUACGUGACUUUCAUUUGUUGCAUAUGCCUGCAGCCUGCGCUGAUGGAGUCGUCAGAGUUUUCAAAUUAGAUGAUGCUUCAAGUAAAAGCUUUAAGUUUAUGAGAAUUAACUUGCCUGCUGGAUGUCAUCCAACUGCUCUUGCAUUUUCUGAUGAUGCAUCUUCCUUGGUGGUGGCUUCCCAAACUCUCUUGGGCUCUUCUUUAUUCAUGUAUGGAGAAGAAAAGGCCCAAGAAACAAAGCAGCAAGCCAAGCUUCCUCUUCCAGAAAUUAAAUGGGAACGUCAUAAAGUGCAUGAUAAAAGAGCUAUUCUCACCCUAGUUGGAACUACAGCAACUUAUGGCACUGCUGAUGGGAGUACAAUUAUUGCUUCAUGUUCAGAAGGGACUGAUAUCAUACUUUGCCAUGGGAAAACUGGGAAGAUCUUGGGCAAUGUUGACACAAAUCAGCUCAAAAACAACAUGGCCACAAUAUCUCCUAAUGGGCGAUUUCUUGCUGCUGCAGCUUUUACUGCCGAUGUGAAGGUUUGGGAGAUUGUAUACUCAAAAGAUGGUUCAGUAAAGGAGGUUUCAAAAGCUAUGCAGCUCAAGGGCCAUAAGAGUGCGGUGACAUGGUUAUGCUUUGCUCCAAAUUCAGAACAAAUCAUAACAGCAUCCAAGGAUGGUUCAAUAAGAAUAUGGAAUAUCAAUGUUCGAUAUCAUCUUGAUGAGGAUCCAAAGACUUUGAAGGUGUUUCCUAUUCCACUUCAUGAUUCAAGUGGAACUACCUUGCAUUAUGAUCAUCUCAGUAUUUCUCCUGAUGGAAGGAUGUUGGCAGCUACUCAUGGCUCAACAUUGCAGUGGUUAAGUGCUGAAACUGGGCAGGUUUUGGACACAGCGGACAGGGUUCAUGAUGGUGACAUCACUGGCAUUGCAUGGUCCCCUAGGGCAAUAUCAAUGGGAGAUAAACAGGCAUUGGUUUUAGCCACCUCGAGCGUCGACAAGAAAGUGAAGUUGUGGGCACCUCCUAAUUUAGCAUAAAGGAUUCAGCCCCUGCAUUACCAUGAACCAUUGGCAGGAAGCCCUUGUUCCGAUGUCACUUGUUCAGCCUUUGGAUAUGCCUAACUUCUCAGCCACCUUAUCACAAGCUCAAAUCCUUAACUACUAAUUUUGAAGAGAUUGAUACCCUCUGCUGAAAGAAGGCUAGACUUACGGCAAGUUCGGAAAAUGAGCAGACACGACACUAGUUUUUUAUGUUUUUGUUCUUUGGUUCCUUUCAUUUGCAUAGUCUGAUCUUACUGAUCUUGGAAGACUCGGCAAGUUUUUUACAGAAUUAAACAAUAUGGAUGGUUUUGAUACUUCUAGCGCACCCAAACUAUAAACGGAGGUUGUGAUACCACUCUGGUUUCAAAUUUAAAUGUUAUAAUGUAAUUCUUAACCAAUUCGAUUUUUGUUUUGUGACCC